AUGCUCAAAUCGACUUACGCACCGCCACCCCCUCUUCCCCCAGGGUGGUCGGAGCAUCGAGCACCCACUGGUCAUUUGUACUACUAUAAUGCUGCUACUAAGCAGUCCACAUAUACAAGACCUUCAAACCAAGCGGCUCAGGUUGCGCCACCUCCUCCGCAACCCUCACAACAACUCCCGUUAUAUUCGCCCGAAACGCUACCACCUUUUUCCUCAACACCCUAUGGACCCGCGGGCUAUGCGCCUGAUACAACACAACGUGGCCAAGGUCGCGGUGGCUUUCGCGGCGGAAGGGGCUAUCAUGAGCGCGGUCGGCGUGAACCUCGCGACCGGCCGAAGUCAAAGCACCCCAUCCCCGACUGUUCACCGUGGCUUCUAGUGAAAACCAAGCUUGGCAGACGUUUUGUGCAUAACCCGGAAACGAACGAGAGCUUUUGGAAAUUCCCUCAAGAAGUUCUCAAGGGCGUGAUUGAAUAUGAUCGCUUAGAGCGGGAGAAGAAGGAAAGAAAGGAGAGGGGUGAGAAGUCAGAAGAACCCGAGAAGCCCGAGAAGGUUGCCUCCGCAGACUUGGAAACAUCGAGAGCAAAUACAAACACCGAUGCCGAAGGCGAGGAAGAUAGUGAUGAGUAUGAGGAAGUCGAAGUCACCGACAGCGAGGCAGAGGAGGACGAGGGACAACCGUCUAAACGCACACGAACCGAUAGCGCCGGGCCACAGGAUCAACCAGUCGAGUUCACAGAGGAGGACAUGGAAUACCAACUGGCAGCCAUGGGCGAAGAAUAUGGACUGGACCCGGGCGAGUAUGGCGAGCCUGAGGAAGAUUGGGAAGAGGGUGCGGAAGGACUUCCAUUAACUGAGGCUGAUGCCGAAGCGCUAUUCCGUGACCUGCUGGAUGACUAUCACAUCAGUCCGUUCACCACAUGGGAGACCAUCAUUGAUGAAGGUCGCAUCAUUGAAGAUUCCCGAUAUACCGCACCUUCCAACAUGAAAACGCGGCGUGAGAUCUUCUCUAACUGGUGCAAAGAUCGCGCCAAGGAUCUCCAAGAGCGCAAGCAAAAGCAGGAAAAGGAAGAUCCACGAAUCAAAUUCCUGGCCUUCCUUCAGGAAUAUGCCACUCCCAAGCUUUACUGGCCCGAAUUCAAGCGCAAGUACCGAAAGGAGCCUGAGAUGAGGGACUCACAAUUAUCGGAUAAAGACCGGGAGAAGUUUUACCGUGACUAUAUCGCCCGACUUAAGCUUCCAGAGAGCACUCGGAAGUCGGACCUAUCGACACUUCUUAAAUCGGCUCCGUUGCAUGCACUGAAUCGUUCAUCGAACGUUGAAACCCUUCCGCCUUUGAUCAUCACAGAUCUUCGGUAUAUCGCUGUUCCACCUAAGACACGAAAUCCUUUGAUCGAGACAUUUGUGUCCACGCUGCCUCCUGCCCCAGAGGAGGAGAUAUCUGCAGAGCAACAAGAAGAGCAUGACCGAAAGCAGAGGGAGCGGAAGAGGCGAGAAAAGGCCCUUUUGGAGCGAGAGAAACGAGUCGAAGAGGAUAAGAAGAGGCAGCGAGGCGAUCUUCUUCGAGGCAAGCAUCUCCUCAGAGAAGGUGAAGCCGAAAUUGCAGAGGCCAUGAUAGUCAAGAAGGACGGCUUACGAAGCUACAUGGAUGUUGAUGAAACCCCAGCGAACAAGCAUGAGAAGCCGGAUCAAUAA